AGCAUGACAGAUCAACCUGCAAAAAAUAUUACAUAUACAGACUUUAAACUGAAUGGUUUCCACAGCUUUGGAGAAUGGAGACCUUUGUUAUUCAUCCCAUUCUUUCUGAUGUUUGUAUUGUCUAUCUUAGCGAAUUCUACUCUGAUAUAUUUAAUCAAAUCCCAGCAGUCUCUGCAUUCACCUAUGUAUGUACUUAUAGGUUUUAUGGCUUUUUCAGACUUGACAUUGCCUAUGGUUUUUGUACCCAAUAUGCUACUUAACUUAUUGUUUUAUUGGAGUGAGAUAUCGUUAAAUGGUUGCUUGAUACAAAUGUUUUGCAUUUAUUUUGCUGGAUCAUUUCAUUCAACUUUGCUUUUCUGGAUGGCACUAGACCGUUAUUUUGCAAUAUGCAAACCUCUUUACUAUCAUAAAUACAUGGAAAUUGACAGUUUCAUUAAGUUUGUUGUUGGGCCAGUAAUGAGAAAUGCAUUUCUGGUAGUAACCAUGGUCUGUCUGGCUGGAAAACUGUCAUAUUGUACAAAUAUAAUCGAUCACUGUUUAUGUGAACACAUGGCAUUGGUUCAGUUGGCAUGUGGUGAUAUAUCUAUUAAUAACAUUGUAGGUCUUUUGUCUGCUUUUCUUAUACCCACUACAGAUUUUAUUCUCAUUACUGCUUCAUAUGUUGUGAUUUUUUUCUCAGUGUUUAAAUCUGGUAAGGGUCAUUUAAAGGCCAUUAAUACAUGUAUUACUCACCUGAUUGUUAUGACGCUUAGCUUGUCCUCUGCCCUGAUUGCAUUUUUGUUAUACAGAAUAAGUAAUCAUAUUUCUUCAAGCACACGUAUAUUUAUAAGCAUCAUGUACUUACUUGUUCCAAGUUGUAUUAACCCACUAAUCUAUGGAUGGAGAACAAAAGAAAUAAGACAAACAUUUCUGAAGUUUAUAAAAACUGGAAAAGUUUUGCCUUUUUAAAAUAAUUAAUGGCUCAUCUAAAUGAUUUAAUCUAUAAAAUAUAAUGCAUUCAAAUAUCACUCAUACAUAAAGCUAAUGUUUGUCAACAUUAUAAAUGAGAAAGAUGCUACAUUACCUAUAUAACUUGCACUGGAAAGUAUUCUGUGCAACUGUACAUAACACGUAAAAUACUUGGUAUUCAUUAGUUUCAUUUAACAUUGGAGUAAAAAAAUUGUAAUCAAACCCACAAUUUGUAGUAUUUGUUAAAAGUAUAAUCAUUCUGUUUUGCUAGCUGUUUUUUUCCGAGUAAUGAUGUAUUACUUUGGUAGUCUAUUGUAAAUCAUGAUUGUUAUAUGUCUUUUUGCUAUAUGGUAUGAUAAGUAUUAUAUGGUGUU